AUGCCUAGUGGUAGAGAUGGUGAUUGCAUGAGCUCGGGUAUAGCUUAUUUGAUCUCCUGUAAGACAUGCGGAGACGAAUACAUUGGCGAAACGGGUAGACCACUCUGUCUCCGCAUAAAAGAACACCUAGUCCGCAAGCGUAAACCAAAUACCCCACUAGACAUAGGACCCAGGGACAUAAAGGGGAGGACUUUGACGUGCGAAUAUCCACCUGGGCCACCCGGUCUUCCUGGGAGAGAUGGUAUGCCUGGACCUUCAGGAGCAUCAGGAACCCCUGGAAUGCCGGCACGGUUGCCUUGCGAGCCACCAAUCGACUACUCAAAGGCGUGCCCUGAUCCAUGUCCCACUGGAAUGCAGGGACCACCGGGCGAGACUGGAACUCCUGGAGAUAAGGGAAUUAUUGGAAAGCCUGGUGACCCUGGGAAACGAGGCGUAGACGGUGAACAGGGCCCAAAAGGAGAGCCUGGUGCUCGUGGAGUUCCUGGUCUGGAUGGAGAAGUGGGUGACCCUGGAGAGGAUGCCGUGCCGCAACCAUUCAUACCUGGACCACCGGGUGAAGUAGGAAAUGAAGGACCCCCUGGACCACCUGGUCCGGUGGGAAUGCCAGGUAUAGACGGACCAGUUGGACCACCAGGACCACGUGGAAGGAAAGGAAAAGAUGGAUUUCCUGGUGCAAAUGGUGGCGUCGGUCCGGAGGGACCAAUAGGAGAGCCUGGAGAGGACGGGAGAAAAGGGGUUUGUCCAACGUAUUGUGCUACCGACGGUGGUGUGUUCUUCGUACAACCACCGGAUUGGUUCUUCAACAACAACAAUUGA